AUGUUCACCCAUCAGCAGGACCUCGAACAUCUGCAACUCGCACUCGAGCAGGCGCGCAAGUCCGAGAGCGAGGGAGGCAUCCCAAUAGGCGCCGCCCUCGUGCACAAGUCCGGCAAAGUCCUGAGCGUCGGACAUAACUGUCGCGUCCAGAAGGCGUCGAUGACUCUCCAUGCGGAGAUGAACGCGCUGGAAAACCUGGGCCGGCCCGAUCCAUCACAAGGCGGCGUGCGCAUCUUACGCGAGUGUACCAUGUACACGACGCUCUCGCCCUGUAUCAUGUGCUCAGCCACCUGCUCGCUCUAUCAAAUUCCACGUGUUGUACUGGGAGAGAACGACUCUUUCGUUGGUGGCGAGACGUUCCUGAAGGAGCGUGGCGUUGAGGUCAUCAACCUCCAGUCCGAGGAGUGCAAGGAGAUGAUGCAGAACUGGAUCGAAGGCAAGGGUAAGACGAUCUGGUGGGAGGAUAUCGGAUUAGACGAGAGCGAAAAACCCGGUCGUGCCUAAUGUGGAGCUCUCUUGACGAACCGGAAGCAACAAAACUACUCGUAAGAGUGGGAGUUGACGCUGCAAUACAACCAUUGACCAUUUCAUGCACUGACCGACGUCGGAAAGGCAGCUGCACUCAAGCCAUGACGAAUGUCUUGAAGAGGGUGCGGGAGACGGGAUGUCGGGAUCUUCAAUAUCAACACCCUCAGGUUGCUGCGCCGGCAUAUAUUUGAGUGCGCGCGUUUCCGAUAUCUCAAUACAUUCCGAGUCUGUCCUGUCCCAUGCACGGCGCCUAUCCAGUGAUAGGAACAGCUAUAAGACUCAAUGGCCAUAGCCGAACGUACACGCUACCUCAAGUCUUCAUCAUCUUCCCAUCCUGGGCUCCUACCUCCCAAGAUCCUCCCCAUGUCAUACAUCCCCAUCCCGGUGUCGUACCUUUACGCCUCGUUGGGCGCCUCCGUAGUUAUCGCCGGUCUAUGGGGUUCAAGCUGGCCGCAUUGGUACUUUCACCUCGACGCGUUCCUUAUCGCCUU